AGUGAAACAAAGGGAUACCAUUUCUGUUCGCCAGGGCCAGCUCGUUCCACCAAAAACUUCCAGGUUCGGUUGGAUUCGAAUGCUCCGCAAUUUUUUCAAUUUUCAAUCGCGUUGUUUUCAGGUCGCGCUCUUACCGUUUCGCCUCUUUCGAAAACUUUUGAGAAUUCGUGCAUCACUUCUGGCUUGUUUGUUGAAAACGCCCCCCCCCCCCCCGAGUGUCAGCAACUUUGUUUCGACCGGAGGAGGUUCACAGUUCGCAGUCGUACAAUCCUCGAAUUUUUCGGAGGAAUCCAUCCACCACCGGACUGUCCUCAUUGCUCGCAGGACCAAGAAAGCGAAAUGGAUUACCAGCACCACAAUCUUCGAUCGUUUUGCCACCGUCCCGGAGAACAGCUCCAGCAACAAUCCCAGGUUCGGAACGGGAUGAAGCGAGCGAGAGAUUGUGGUGGUUUCCCGCUGGUCGAUGCCGCGUUCGCCAGCGAUCCCUCGUGCGAGCAGGCCUCGAAACGGUUCAAGCGUACGGGCCACGGCGGCGCGCUUGGGAAACGCCCCCAUUGCGACGCCGGCGACCGGAGUGGACCCCUGCUGCACAGCAAAUCGGACGACGAGGUUUCGCUUACCGAAGAAGCCCAGGCGUCACCCUCCGCCUUCCCACACCACUCCACCUUUAUCCCCCGCGAACAGCACCGGCACGACCAAAGGGAUUGCCAGCGAGGCAAUGCCCCGGUGGGUCCGAACGAUAGCAGCAGCAGUAUCAGAAGCACAACAGCAACAGCCGCAUCGACAAAUGGUGUGGCCCAUGCCACCGAUUAUCAACCCAUGAAUUCUCUCUUGGGAAACCUGCACAUGAUGAGGCAGCAGCAACAGCGAAGAAGGCAAAUGCAGGGGGCACGGGUACAAACGCAAGCGCACAAUGCCACAACUGUUCAUCCGCAGCUGCAACAGCGACACCACCAACAACAUCACAAUUACAAUCAUCAUUAUCAGCAACAGCAGCAGCAACAGCAGCAACAACAGCAGCAACAACAGCAACAACAACACCAUUAUCAGCAACAGCAGCAGCAACAACAACACCAUACACACCCACAAAGCUACCACGGCAACCAUCAUGUUCGACACUACGGGAACUAUCAUUCGGUCCCAAAUGCUAGCUCGGGGGAUAACCGGUCAAGGAGAAAAAACGCCGUUUCGCUUCGAGUCAACUCCAAUUUGUACUAGGUGACAAUUUCUACAAUACAACAAGAUUCCGCGCACUUCCAACGAAAAAGGAAUGAAUCACUUGGGAUAGA